AUGCGCACUCUCACGAGCACUCUCACGCGCACCCUUGCUCUCACGCGCACUCUCACGAGCACUCUCGCGUGCACUCUCAUGCGCACUCUCACGCGCACUCUCAUGUACACUCUCACGCGCGCUCUCAUGUGGACACUCACGUGCACACUCACGCGCACACUCAUGCGCACUCUCACUUGCACACUCACGUGCACACUCACGCGCACACUCAUGCGCACUCUCACUCGCACUCGCACGCACACUCUCACGGGCACUCUCACGGCUCUCACGGGCACUCUCACGGGCACUCCCAUGCGCACUCUCACGCGCACUCUCACGCGCUCUCUCACGCGCUCUCUCGCGCGCUGA